CCGCCGCCUCGCUCGGCCUCCGCAGGUGCUGUGGGUGCUCGGGAAGGCGCGGCGGCUCCCCGGUGCGCAGCUCCCUGCCGGGAGCCGCCUGCCCCGCGCCCGGCGCAGGAAGCGCGCCUCCCGCACUCCUCCUUCCUUCCGCUCUGCCCCGCAAGCGGCUCUGCCCCGAGAGGAGCCCAGCGCUCGGAGUGUUUUAAAUAAAAACCGAGCGGUAUCGCCCCACGCGAGGAGGAAGGCUGUCACUCAGGGAGCUCGCUCCUCUCCUCCUCCUGUGCCCAUCGCAUCUCCCCGCGGAGCAGCCGGCCUGCCUGGCUGCUCCCCUCCCUCCCGCCUGUCCGGGACCCGGGUUUGGGGCUGGGGGAGGCGGUGCCCACCCCUCCGCGGGGCCGGGGCCGGGGCGAGCGCUGCCGGCGGGAGCGGUGCUCGCUCGGCAGCCCGGGGCUGCAGCCCGGGCCGGGCUGCGCUGGGGGAGCAGGUUUCUUUGUUGGCUGCCGGGUGACUGGUUCCCAUUAAUCUCCCGCACUGGUCGUGGCCGUCUCCACUUCCUGCCUUCGCAUACUUCUCUCUCCCUCGAUCUCAGUCCCUUCCCACCCCCUUCCCUCCCCCCUUUCUUUCCCUCUUCCCAGCUUCUCCAAAAAAGCUACAACCGCCCGGGCUGCGGGACGGGGGCUGCAGGCGGCCGGCGGAGGGAGCGCAUCCCUGCGCACCUCGAAACAUGAAAGAAUACAGGAAGUCCUGCAUGACCUUAUGAAUACCUGUGCUAAUUAAGUCACUGACUUGGUACUGGGAGAACAGCAAGAUGGCAAAGGUCAGUGCUGUGGGAGCUGAACCCUUUCCUUGGGAAAGCGCCUCUGCUGAUGGCUGUGGAUACCUGUGACUGAGCCAUAGGUGGGAAGAUAUCCACGUUUCUAGAAAGCAGAAAUGACCAUGACUGCCAACAAGAACAGCAGUGUCAACAGCAGAGCAGGAGGGAGUAAAGUGCCCCAGGACACUCUGGAUAGGUGCCAGUCAGCCACUCCGCCGCCCCUGCUGUCCCCUCAAAGAAGCCCUGCCUACCCCCUCAGCGACAGUGAGGACUCCUCCCGCUCCACUGGGCUCUCCAGAGUCUCCAGCUCCAGGCUGUGCCUCAAGGAGUGGAACAGCCGCACGUCCACGCUGCGCAGCACCUCCACGAGCCCAUCGGACACCGAGUCGCCGAGUCGCCCCCUCAAAGCCAUCAGCGUGGGCGCUCUGGAUAAAAGGCUCUCCGUGUUCAAGGCUGACCAAAAGGAGAGUCCAAACGAGGCUCGGGAUGGGGAAGCGGUAGGGAGUCAUCCACUCGCCCGGAGCACUCUGUCCUUGGGCACUGCCACCAAACUGAGGACCCUCUCCAGCAGCAGGGUGAGCGUGCGCUCGCAGGCGCUGGACAUCAGGCAGAAGAUCACAGAAUGGGAGUGCCGCCGGGAGCUGUCCCCCAGGGCCAGCGUGUGCAUGGACAAGAGGGAUGCUGGGGAGAGGUCGGGCAGUGAGAGCUGCCCCAGCGUGCUGACCUCUCCCUGCAGCGACAAGACAUUUGAUUUCAAAGGGCUCAGAAGAAUGAGCCGAACAUUUUCCGAGUGCUCUUACCCGGAAACAGAGGAGGAGGAACUGCUGGACAGGGAUUCCUGCCAUCGGUUUGAAAAGAGACCAGGCAGGAGCGAACCUCCUUCUGCCACUUUCCUUAAGAGCCAUGUGAGGAAAGAGUCCUCUGCUGUGCUCAACAGAAUCCAGAAGAUCGAGCAGGCACUGAAGGAGCAGUCGGGCAGAGGCCUCCCCCAGUUACCAAGUAGCUGCUACAGCGUUGACAAAGGGAGGAAAAAGUCUGGGACUCCGACUACUGUGGAGGGACUGAGCGAAACCCUGAGCGAGAGCAAAGGCGGGGGUGUUAUUUUGGGGAGCGAACCAGAAACGCCUCCUGAGGCCGAGAAAAGCAGUAAAACAAAACAGGGCGUCAGUGUGAACUCAGCGGGCCCCAGAGCGCUCCUGGAAAGCGCGCCCAACAGCGCCGUGAACCCCGUCCCCAAGCCCAAACGCACCUUCGAGUACGAGGCAGACAAGUCCCACAAGAGCAAACCAAGCAAUGGCCUACCUCCAUCUCCCACCCCUGCUGCUCCUCCUCCCCUGCCGUCCACUCCCGCGCCCCCCGUCACUAGAAGGCAGAAGAAGGAGUCGCGCUUUCACCGAAAAUCCCAGAAUAGAAAAUCCUUUGAGUUUGAGGAUGCCUCAAGCCUGCAAUCCCUGUACCCUCCCUCCCCGACUGAAAAUGGAACCGAGAGCCAGCAUAAAUUUGGAUCCAAGAGCACUUUAGAAGAAAAUGCCUACGAAGACAUUGUAGGCGAGUCACCCAAGGAAAACCCGUACGAGGAUGUGGAGCUGAAAGGCCGUCACGGGGGGCGAAAAUCCCAUCAGCUGUCCGAGAACUCCCUAGAUUCCCUGCCCAGGAUGUGGACGGCGCAGAGCAGGAAAUACCCGGCGGCGGCUCCGCAGCUGCCCUCGAAGGCCAGCAGCCACUCCCUGCGCGUGGGGAACUGGUCCGAGAGGAAGAGCCACCGCCUGCCGCGGCUGCCCAAGCGGCACAGCCACGAUGACAUGCUGCUGCUGGCCCAGCUGGGCAUCCCCUCGUCCCCCUCCAGCCUCACCGAGGACAGCCUGAGCACCGCCAGCGAGCUGCUGUCCACGCGGCGUGCCAGGAGGAUCCCGAAGCUUGUCCAAAGAAUCAAUUCCAUCUACAGUGCAAAAAGAGGGAAAAAACGACUGAAGAAACUUUCUAUGUCCAGUAUUGAGACAGCUUCCCUACGAGAUGAGAACAGCGAGAGUGAGAGUGACUCAGAUGACAGGUUUAAAGCUCACACCCAGCGCCUGGUGCACAUCCAGUCAAUGCUGAAGAGGGCUCCAAGCUAUCGCACCCUGGAACUGGAGCUGAUUGAGUGGCAGGAGCGGGAGUUAUUUGAGUAUUUUGUGGUAGUGUCCCUGAAAAAGAAGCCCUCUAAAAACACUUACCUGCCAGAAGUGACAUACCAGUUUCCCAAGCUGGAGAGACCAACCAAGCAGAUGCGGGAAGCAGAGGAGCGCCUCAAGGCUAUCCCACAGUUCUGCUUCCCUGAUGCCAAGGACUGGCUCCCCGUCUCUGAGUACAACAGUGAGACCUUCUCUUUCAUGCUGACUGGGGAGGAUGGGAGCCGGCGCUUCGGGUACUGCAGGAGGCUCUUGCCCAAUGGAAAAGGCCCACGCCUACCUGAAGUUUACUGUGUCAUCAGCCGCCUGGGGUGCUUUGACUUGUUUUCUAAGAUCCUGGAUGAGGUUGAAAGGAGAAGGGGAAUAUCUGCGGCCCUGGUUUAUCCAUUUAUGAGAAGUCUGAUGGAAUCUCCUUUUCCUGCACCUGGAAAGACAAUCAAAGUCAAAACCUUCCUGCCUGGAGCUGGAAAUGAGGUCAUCGAGCUGCGGCGGCCCAUGGACUCCCGCCUGGAGCACGUGGACUUCGAGUGCCUCUUCCGGUGCCUGAGCGUGCGGCAGAUCAUCCGCAUCUUCGCCUCCCUCCUGCUCGAGCGCCGCGUCAUCUUCGUGGCGGACAAGCUCAGCACCCUGUCGAGCUGCUCCCACGCUGUAGUGGCCCUGCUGUACCCCUUCUCCUGGCAGCACACCUUCAUUCCUGUCCUGCCCUCGUCCAUGAUCGACAUCGUGUGCUGCCCUACCCCCUUCCUGGUGGGACUGCUUUCCAGCUCCCUGCCCAAACUCAAGGACCUGCCUGUAGAGGAGGCUUUGAUGGUUAACCUGGGCUCUGAUCGAUUCAUCAGACAGAUGGAUGAUGAAGACACACUAUUGCCUAGAAAAUUGCAAGCUGCUCUGGAGCAGGCUCUAGAGAGAAAGAAUGAACUGAUAAAUCAGGAUUCAGAUAGUGAUUCAGAUGAUGAAUGUAACACCCUGAAUGGAUUAGUGUCUGAGGUUUUUAUCCGAUUCUUUGUGGAGACAGUUGGCCAUUAUUCCCUGUUCCUAACCCAGAAUGAAAAAGGAGAGCGUGCCUUCCAAAGGGAGGCUUUCCGUAAAUCGGUGGCCUCCAAGAGUAUCCGCCGCUUCUUGGAAGUUUUCAUGGAAUCCCAAAUGUUCGCUGGCUUCAUCCAGGACAGAGAGCUGAGGAAAUGCAGGGCUAAAGGGCUCUUCGAGCAGAGGGUGGAACAGUAUUUGGAAGAGCUCCCGGACACGGAACAAAGCGGAGUAAACAAGUUCCUGCGAGGCCUCGGUAACAAAAUGAAGUUCCUUCACAAGAAGAACUAGCUCCUUCCUGCUGAAACACCAACCCCAGACCUAUUUAUGGCACCGGCGGCGCUGGAGUGCGGAGCGGGAGGAGAGUGGAGCCAGCUGGGGCAGCCCCAGGAUGACCCGUGGGUGCUGUGUCAGCGUGCCUCGAGAUGGCUCCUCCGUGGUUUUGGGCAGAGUUUGUACAUAAUGUGCUGUAAGCUUUUGUAACUGAUUUUGUAAUGAGCGAGAAAACUGUGGUAAAUAUUUGUAUAUUCCUGAGAAUACCAGGUGCUUGUUUUUUUUUCUUUAGUAUGAGUUGAGUUAUGCUUGGUGCAGAAACGAGUAGGUGAUUUUGUGCAGCUGACUGUCUCAGCAGAACCACUGACUUCCAGGGAUGUUUGAUGCCUGAACGCUGCGGGGUGAAUGAGCUCGGGUACGUGGGAGAGGUUGUACGCACGGGGCUGCUCUCGUGCGCACAGGCACUUCUCUGUCUGUCUGUCUGUCUGUUUCCUUCGAGCUGAUUUUCAAGGAGAAAUAACACAGUAACUUGAUAAUGAGGUACUUGGUUCGCAUUACAGAACCUCUGGUUUGAAGUCUGGUCAGUAAACCCCUUCUAACCCACUGUGCACUAGGAUGCUAAGCCUGGGGGAUCGCAGCUCUCUGCCACGCAAGCUGCAGCGAGUAGGUACAGUGCAGCCUGUCCUAAUGUAUGUAUGGAUGGAUCCCAAUAAACUCUGUAAAUAGA